UCUGUCUCUACACGCGCUCGGUGCUUCACUCCGACCAGCUCCAGUGCUGUGCGCCAUGCACUUUCUCUGUACCGCCGCUCCGACUGACUUACUUUACGCUUUUCAGGAUCCGUAAAUCCAGUCUGCUGAGAGCGACCCGAAGGUGUUUUUCAAGCCGCAGAUCAGCGUUUUUUUUUGCCUGUUGUCCGUUUCCUCUCGUUCUCUUUCAUUUUGGAGGCGAGACGGAGAGCACCGGGAGCAGCUCACGCUCAUUCUGCCCUGGUGAUUUCUCAGGCGUGUGUGUAUUGCUCGUGCGUGCUCACAUGCGACAUGUUUUAAUGGACAAGUUUGCUUCUCUCCCGGUGUGACCAGGUACAGAAUAAAUCAGUUUGGAACGAGGAAGUAGAAGGGAUUGUAAAAAAGUGACUGGGAACAGCUUUAAUCGAUUGGGGUUGGGUUGGAUUUUUGUGUUUCUUGUCUCUCUUGUUGACUGCACCUGGAAGGGAUGCGCUUCCACUCCGAUCGGACUACACACUGAAAGCCGGCAGGGACACGCAGUCACUGCAGCGGUGCUUUAAUCAAGCAGUCACAUUCACGCAAUUCUGCUUUGGGACUGGAGCAGUUCUUGGAUCUCAUCGGACUGGGAACAGUUUAUACGCAGACCUGUGGAAGUGUUCAUUGAGGGGGGGAAAGGUUGAUCACAUGUGAGUUGGCUCACCGGUGUGAGGUUUUACUUUCUGCUUCUGGCGCUCGUGCCCUGGACAGACCCCGGUGCGUGUCCGUGUCAGGACUGAGCUGCGCGCUCCUGGUUGUUGGAGAUGGCUCCGGUGGGGAUGCUGCUGAUCGCGGCUGUGCUAAUGUGGGUGUCGGUGCUGGCUGAAGAACCCGCCGCUAAAGUCGUAGCUGACCGAUACGCCGUCUACUGGAACCGCACGAAUCCCCGAUUUUACAGAGGAGACUACCACCUUGAUGUGUGCAUCAAUGACUACCUGGACGUCUACUGCCCCCACUACAUGGACUCAGUGCCGGAGGAGAGGACGGAGCGCUACAUGCUGUACAUGGUCAACUACGAUGGCUACAGCUCCUGUGACCACACAUCGACAGGUUUCAAACGCUGGGAGUGCAAUCGGCCCUACUCUCCCAACGGUCCUCUCAAGUUCUCAGAGAAGUUUCAGCUCUUCACACCGUUCUCGCUGGGCUUCGAGUUCAGACCAGGCAGAGAAUACUACUAUAUAUCCUCUACAGUCGCUGAGAAUGGGAGAAAGACCUGCCUGAGGCUGAAAGUUUUCGUCAGACCAGCAAACAACUGCGUAAAAACCGUCAGUGUUCAUGACCGGGUCUUCGACGUGAACGACAGUAACUCAAUAGAGCCGAGAGAUGACACAAGCCAUGAAUCAGCCGAGCCAUCCCGAGGGGAUGUCAAUUCAGCUGGACGUGUACGUAUGGCUGGCCUCCCGCUAGCCUCAGCCCUGAUCAUCCUCAUCUCUUGCAUAUCAUUAUAGCGGCCUGUGUGUGUGAGUGCAGUAACAGGUCCUGAUCCUAAACUUAACACAGAGGAGGACUCUUAAAAGAGCACUUUUUUUUUUUUUUAAGGUAGACAUCAGAGGUCCUCAUUAUCUCCACCGAGAUUCAGAAUGCAUUCUUCUAAUUAGAAGAUGCCAGAAUUCAGACAAUGAGAGCAGGAACUUCUUAUCUGGGAUGCAUUACAGAAUGGGUCUUGGUGGAUAUUUUGGUACACUACCCAGAUACAUGUAUAUGCAUACACACAUCUUUCAUCAAGCAAUGACUUACCUUAAAACAGAAUGUGGAAAAGACAUGUACCCUUUUUUUGGACAUCAAUUGUGUAAAAGGAAUGGUGGACUCUCAUCAGCAAGAGCGACGACACAACUGUGUACAGGACUGGUUUCAAAGUGUACCUUCUAUAUAUAUAAAAAAAAAAAAAAAAGCAAAUGAGAUCAUUUUUAAUGGGGCAAGACUUUACUGUUGUUUUUAAGGAGUUUUCUUAUAUAAAAAAGGAAAAUAAGCACUCGUCUGUUUUGUACAUUGUGUACAGUUUAAAAAGCAAAAUACAACAUGGAGACUGUAUUCCUGAAGUGCAUAAGUGCUCAAGUGUAGUAGCAACAGUGAUAUUUUGUUAUAGAGUUUGGAGCCUCAUUGA